AAAUAUUAAUUCCCUUGCCAUAUAAGCAUGGCAUGGCAUCCAGAGAGCAUGAGAGAGAGAGGUAGAGCGAGAGAGAGAGGUGGUGAUCGUCGGGGCCGGGAAAGAAGGACGGUACAGAGUAUUGAGCAUGCAAGAUCCAGCAGAAGAUGUCAACAGAGAUGGAUCGAAUCAGUGAAUCAGAGGAGAACAGAUUAUGCCCAGGAUCAACAUCAGAAGCGGAGGAUAGGAGAAACAUUUGACAGGGGCUUGUUCAAACAAGCCACACCUUAUUUCUUCACUAACUUCCCAGACGAAUGGUGUUAUGCAGAUAUGUGGAGAACUUUUUUGAAGUUCGGAAGAGUGUAUGACAUAUACUGUCCAAAUAGGAAAAGCAGGAAUGGAGGAAGGUUCGGCUUUGUUAGGUUCUUGGACGUGAAGGAUAAGAGGGAGCUGGAAAGGCAUUUGGACCAAAUUCGGGUAGGAGAUAGAAAAUUAUGGGUGAACUACCCUCGUUAUGAUAAUUCUCAGAAUCAGAAACAGGGCGGGGAAUACAGAGACUAUCAAGGAGCUCACCUAAGAUCUCAGAUUAGAAGCUAUGCGGAGGCAGUUAAAGGUCAUAUAGAUGAAAAGAAAGAAGAAAAGACAAGCUCACAGCUGCAGAACAACCAUAGUUGGCCCGGGAAGGAUAGAAGCAAAAAUCCUCAUCUGGAUGGCAUCAACGACAACAGGAAAAUCUGGAAAGAAAUAGGAGUGGGAACAAAUUGGUCCGGAAUAGAAUAUAACACAAACUCAGAAGAUGAAAAAUGGCUUGAAGGUUGUUUUGUGGGGAUCGCACACUCCGUCGAAAUGGUUCGGAACUUGCAGGAAAAAUUCUACAUGGAGGGAUACUUUUGGUGCCGCGUCAGAGCAAUGGGUGGCAAAAUGGUGUUACUUGACAGUGAUGACAAAGAAGAAUUGAAGGACUUGGUGGAGAUGGCUUCAGAGUGGUUAGCUCAAUGGUUCGAAGGGGUUAAAUCGUGGACUCCAGAUAUGGUUGCUUCAGAGAGAUAUGCAUGGAUUAGAUGCCAGGGGGUUCCGCUCAACGCAUGGAAAACAGAUUUUUUUGAAAAAAUGAGCUGCUCUUGGGGGAAAUUUAUUUGCUUGGAUGACAGCACAAGCAAGAAAAGAAGGUUUGAUAUUGCGAGAUUCUUGAUUUCGACUCCGAUCACGAAUUCCAUAUCAAUUACGAGACAAGUUAAAAUUAAUGGGUCUCUGUACAACAUUAAGUUCUCUGAGGAAGAAUUCACAAAUAAUUUCUUCUCAUUGAAAGAAGACUUCAUGCCGAUCUUCCAGAGUGAUUCUGAAGAGUUUGAGUCAUGGUCUAUUGACAGUAAGGAGAAAGAAGAAGUCCAGGAGGCUAUAGCAGAGGAAGAUCAGGCGAUCGAAGAAGAUGGUGAAACAGAAAUUGAAGAUAAUGACGUGGCGAGCGGGGGUGCAAUGAUCAACGGGACAGAGAGGCUGAUGCAAAAGCACGGGAUAGCUACAGAGGUAGUCGUUGCCGAUGAAGUAAACGAGGCUCAAGUGGGCCACUGUGAGCAGAUCAGUUCAAACCAGCAGAGGAAGCCCAUCUUAAUAGAAGAAAGCCCAGCGAUUGAGAUGUCAUCAAACAUGGGCCAAUCGAAUAAAAUAACCCCAGCUAGAAGCCCAAACCAUGGAAAGAGCAAAGCUGUCUUUAGAAUAAGCUUGUCGAAGUCUGGUAGCAGCGAUGAUGAAGAAGCAGAUCUAUUCUGGAAAGGGCAUGAAAUCGACGAGGCUCGGCUGCAGAAAUGGAUGAAGGACAGAUCGGAGUCAAAACCAAUGAAGAAAAAGAAGAAAAUCAGUUUGUGUAGCACGGUGUACCGAAAAUCAGCAAACGCCGGUAGAGGAAGACGGAGGACGGAAGGCAGAGGAAAAAUCAGCAAGACUCAAAUGGGGGGGAGAACAGAGCCAAAGUUUCUUGCAAGCCCAAUCGACGAAAUUGCAGAUGACGCAAUUGGGGAUAGUGGGAUUCAGAAUUGCAACAGAAUUCUGCAGAAGCAAAUGAGAAAUCAUCUUGCAAAGGAGAUCUGGGAGUUGGCAAAGCAAUUAGGGGUCUCGGCUGAGAAUGAGGAAGAGGUAAUGAGUCGGAUAGAAGAAAUGGAGAGCAGAGAUAGACAAUCAAAGGCAAACAUGGUGAAUCAAGAUACUGGCAAAAAGGCAUUAUGGGAGGAAUUAUUGAAUUUGAUUAAUAGCAGGAAAGGCAAUCGGUGUUUGGGGGGAGAUUUUAAUGCGGUUAGAAGUGUGGAUGAGAGAGCAGGGAGUAAUGGGGUAUCCAAAGAAAUGGAGGAAUUCGAUAGUUUCAUCCAGGAUGCAGGUUUAGUUGAUCUGCCAUUGACAGGGAGGAAGUAUACCUGGUACAAUUCCAACGGUCUAUACAUGAGCAGGUUAGACAGAUUCUUAUUCUCGGAAGAUUGGCUUAUGAAAUGGGGGGACAUAAGGCAAUGGGGGUUAAAGAGAACCGUGUCUGACCACUGCCCCAUAUUAAUUAAAGAAGAGAAGGUCGAUUGGGGGCCCAAACCAUUCAAGUUCUUCGAUGCUUGGCUAGAUCAACCGGGGUGUAUGGAGAUGAUCCGAAAGGUGUGGAAUUCAGCUGAAAUUAAGGGCUGGAAGGGAUAUAGGCUUAAAGAGAAAUUGAAGAAAACAAAGAAAGCUUUAAAGGAGUGGAGUGGUAACUCUAUGCCAGAGGUGGACAAAAAAAUUAAUGAAGCCGAAAUGGAGAUAGCUGCGCUGGACAGCAAAGGAGAGAAUAACCAUCUGUCCACAAUGGAGGUGGAUAGAAGAAGACGCUGCUUUCUACAACUCUGGGAGAAUCUAAAAAUCAAAGAGAGCAUGUGGCAACAAAAGUCAAGGAAAAUGUGGCUUAAAGAAGGAGAUGCCAACACCAAAUUUUUUCAUAGGUGUGUGAAGAGCAGAUGGAGAAAAAAUGAAAUUAAUAGUGUACAGAUCAAGGGCAAAAGGUGUGUAGGAGUGGCUGAAAUAAGGGAGCAAGUUGCUCAGUAUUUCGAAGAGAUGUUUGCGGAAGAAAAAUGGCAAAGACCAAAACUUGACGGCAUUAAUUUCAAACAAAUCUCCUUGGCAGACAACGUCCUCCUAACGUCUCCAUUCAGUGAAGAAGAAAUUAAGAGUGCAGUGUGGGAUUGUGACUCCACAAAAUCUCCGGGACCAGAUGGGUUCAACUUUAAGUUCAUAAAGACCAUGUGGGAGGAUAUAAAAUCAGAUGUAGUUGGAUUUAUCCAGGAAUUCCAUGAACCCAUCUCACUUAUCGGAGUCAUGUACAAGAUUGUAGCAAAACUGUUAGCAAACCGUCUUCGAAAAGUGCUGGACAGGGUGAUCGGGGAACAACAAAUGGCCUUCAUUGAAGGGAGACAACUUAUGGAUGGAGUAGUCAUAGCAAAUGAGAUAAUAGAUGAGGCGAAAAGGAAAAAGAAGGAAAGCUUUUUAUUCAAAGUUGAUUUCGAAAAAGCAUUCGACAAGGUGUGUUGGGAAUUCAUUGAUUACAUGCUGUUCAGAAUGGGAUUUCAUGUCAUCUGGAGGGGAUGGAUUCAAGAAUGCUUACGAUCAAGUAUGAUCUCAGUCCUCAUCAACGGAAGCCCAACAAGACAGUUUCUUGCAGGCAAAGGUAUAAGACAAGGUGACCCGCUAUCUCCUUUCUUGUUCCUAAUCGUGGCGGAAAGUCUCAAUGGCCUAAUGUUUACUGCGGUGGAGAAGGAGUUAUUCAAGGGAGUGACGAUUGGCAAUGGCGCAACAAUGGUAUCCCACCUACAAUUUGCAGAUGAUACUAUUUUCUUCGGAGAGGCUUCUGAAGACAACAUAAGGGUGGUUAAAAGCAUCAUGAGAGUCUUUGAAAUGGCGUCAGGCUUGAAAAUCAAUUUUGGGAAGAGUCAACUGUUGGGUGUGGAGGUGGAUGACGACUGGAAAACCAGAAUGGCUUGCAUUUUAUGCUGCAAAGAGGGUAAAUUUCCAUUUAAAUACCUGGGAGUUCCGGUUGGGGGGAAUCAUAGAAGGAUAGCAAUGUGGCAACCACUGUUACGAUCUUUUAGAAAGAAGUUAUCUAGCUGGAAAGGAAAACAUCUCUCUAUCGGAGGCCGGAUCAUGCUUAUUAACUCUGUACUGUCUAGUCUGCCCGUUUUCCUGAUGUCGAUAUUCAAAAUUCCCUCAGAGUGGGGUGGGCUAGGGGUGAAAGACAUGAGGAGAUUUAAUUUAGCACUAAUGGGAAAAUGGUGGGGACGUCUUGCAUCCAAGGAUGAGGGGUUGUGGAGGAGGGUAAUCGAAGGAAAAUAUAGCGAGGGAAGAGGUAAUUGGAUGGAUUGGGCAAGAGACGAUAGAGGAAUGGGUUCUCUAUGGUGGAGGGAUGUAUGCAACCUCAAUAAUAGAGACAGUGAGAAUGUAGGAUGGCUUGUUGAUGGUUUUAGACUACGGAUAGGAGAAGGUAAAGGUGUGAGUUUUUGGUGGGAUGAGUGGUGUGGAGAGGGAUGUCUUGCUAACAUUUUCCCUAGACUAUACCUUUUGUCAACAGGAAAAGACAAAGAAUGCUACCAAAUGGGUAAUAUUCAAGAGGAUACAUGGAAAUGGAAUUUCUCUUGGAGAAGAACCUUGUUCAAGUGGGAAAAAGAGGACUCUAUGAAACUCCAGGGGAUUCUUGACAAUGUGAAGAUCACUCCUGGACGCCCUGACAAAUGGCAAUGGAUUCACAGCAGUGAUGGUCUCUACUCAACAAAAAUGGCUUAUUGGAAGUUGACAAAAGAACGGACGGGAUCGAAGGAAGCAAAAAUGUCAAAGAGAAUAUGGAAUCCCAUGCUCCCGAGCAAGAUAGCUGCCUUCAAUUGGAGAGUAAUACUUGAUAGAAUUCCUACCAAAGCUAAUCUUCAUAGAAGAGGAAUUAUCAAGAACAUAGAAGAGGCAAAAUGUGGUAUAUGCGAGGAGUAUGAGGACGCCAGCCACCUAUUUCUAAAGUGCAAAAUAAGUAAAUGGAUCUGGAAAGCUUGCAGCAGAUGGUGGGGGAUCACGGUAGCAUUAAAGGAAGAUUGCUGCAACACUUUUGACCAAUUCGGGAAUGGGAUCAAAGAUCCACACAUAGCAGAAGGUUGGGAUUGCAUCUGGAAUACUGUCAUUUGGACAGUAUGGAUGGCAAGAAAUCGCAAAAUAUUCCAGGACUCAGAAAUUAAUUUGGAUUGGCUAAUUAAUCCUGCAGCAUGUUUGUCUAGCAAUAGGGGAGGGAUUAAUUGAUGAAUGAUCUAAAAGAGGGAACUAACAUAGGAUAUCUGUUGCUUUGUAUAACUUUAUGGGUUGAGUACCCCUUGUACUCAGUUUGAGUAUAUUCAUCUUCUUUGCUGUUCAAAAAAAAUAUAUAUAUAAGCAUGGCAUGGCAAUAUUUUGCCAUCCAAGCAGCCAAGCAUAAACGGCAGUUAAGCCA